AUGGAGUCCAAUUUCUCUCUUUCCCUGAAUGCAACUCGGGAGGUACCACUGGAAUCCCCAGCCCACACCGCUGUGAGUAUCAUCUCCCUGGUGGUUUUAGGAGUCACCUUCGUCCUCGGCAUCCUGGGAAAUGGCCUUGUGAUCUGGGUGGCCGGCUUCCGGAUGAAACACACCGUCACCACCAUCUCUUACCUGAACCUGGCCCUGGCCGACUUCUCUUUCACCGCCACCCUGCCGUUCACCAUGACCACUCAGAUCAUGGGCAAGCACUGGCCUUUCGGUUGGUUCCUGUGCAAGUUAAUUUCAACGGUGGUGGACAUCAACCUGUUCGGAAGCGUCUUUCUCAUCGCUGCCAUCGCUCUGGACCGCUGCGUUUGCGUCCUGCAUCCGGUCUGGGUGCAGAACCACCGCACUGUGCGUCUGGCCAAGAAGGUGAUCCUCGGACCGUGGCUCCUGGCCCUGAUCUUCACGUUGCCCGUUAUCAUCCGGAUGACGACGAAAUCUAUUCCAGGAAAGACCGUCUGCACGUUGGACUUCGCACCCUGGACCAACGACCUGCUUGAGAAGCUGAGGGUGAACGUGACCAUGUUUCUGGUCCGAGGCAUCAUCCGGUUCAUCAUUGGCUUCAGCAUGCCGAUGCUCACGGUCGCCAUCUGCUACGGCCUGGUCGCCACCAAGAUCCACCGGCAGGGCCUGAUCAAUUCCAGCCGCCCCUUACGGGUCCUCUCCUCCGUCGUGCUGGCUUUUUUCCUCUGCUGGACCCCCUUCCAGCUGAUGGCCCUCAUCUACACGGUCAGAAUUGGAAGAGGUUGGCUGGUAACAAGCAAAGAAUUCGAAGUCGCCCUUGAUGUGGUCAGAGCGCUGGCCUUCUUCAACAGCUGCCUCAACCCCAUGCUGUAUGUCUUCAUGGGCCAGGACUUCCGCGAGAGGCUGCUCCAGUCCCUCCCUGCCAGUCUGGAGAGGGCCCUGACUGAGGACCCAGGCCAGAGCACUUCUACGGUCACAUCGAAUCAAGCUCCUUCGGAGGUGGAGCUCCAGGGCUUGUGA